AUGCCUUUUCCAAGCCUUUCCCUAACAGCGCUCCUUGCACUCUCUGGCUAUGCUAGUGCAGAGUUUGGACUUGCUGGCCAGCUAUUCCAACUAAGCGGAUCCUCUGGAGUCAACAAUGCGAAAUUGGCCUGGGCCAAUGUCAACGGUGCCACGAUAUAUCAAAUUGAACAGGCCAGCGACGGUGGUUUCCAGGCCGUUGGAACGACCACCGGUGAUACCUACGAUGUCUACGCCCUCGGAAGCGGUACUUACACCUUUCGUGUGACUGCUCUCAACGGCAACAGUCAAGUCGAUCAGUCAAGCACUGUCCCAUUGACGGCCUUCGCACCACAGGGGCGGUACAAUACCUACGACAACACCGUACCAUCUCCGCUGUUGAUUAAGUCGAAGCUUCAAGCUAAUGGCAUUUACUAUCGGUACAACUACGAGUCAGCAGAUGGUGGCUUCAAUCGCUUUGUUGAGCAGACUUCGCAAGACGGCUACACAUUCAGUGGCGAUAAGACAGUACUCACCCGCGAUGUCCUUUGCGCUUCUGUUGACAAUGGCUGCAAACUCGAGGCGAUACAGUUCCUUCCACAUCCAACCACAGGGGACUUCAUCAUGUGGGCUCAUUUCGAGGAGGCUUCAGGGUACGGCUUAGGCCAAGUGGCCGUUGCGCAUGCCACACCUGGAGGGCAGAUGAGUUUCGAUGGCACGUUCAAGCCUCUCGGAGACGACUCGAGAGACAUGAACUUCUUCAGUGAUGGUGAUAAGGCCUAUCUGACGACCGCAACGGACACCAACACGAAUAACAAUAUAUACUCCCUUGAUGCAAGAUGGACCGCAGUCUCGCAACGGCUGGCCCAAGUCAAUGUCAAUCAACAUCGAGAGGCACCUGCUGUGAUCAAGUCAAAUGGCUGGUAUUAUCUAUUCACGUCUCGAGCUUCUGGAUGGCUUCCUUCGACCCCACAAUACAUCGCUGCCCAAGAUAUGGCUGGUCCAUGGAGCGAUCCGGUAAACGUCGGCAACGCGGCUACCUUUUCCGCUCAAUCAGGCGGCGUCAAUUCGUUAUCGAGUGGGCAAUUCGAAAUGCAUGCCAACCAGUGGAGUUCGAACUGGCCGACUAAGGGUGGACCAACGCGCUCAUUGAUGCUUCCCAUCUCGCAGUCAGUAGGAGGUGGUUUCACUUCGUAUCACUUCUACCCCACCGUACAAUACUCAGACGAUAUCAACACUCCCGGGCAAGGCAUGUAUGGAGUACAAUCAGGCCGGAUCCUCUCUGUUGGCAAACCAUCGUCCUCAAACGCCGGUACCCAAGGCAUCGCCCUCGCCAACGAUGGCAUUCAGGACACUCCAGGACAAUUCUGGAAACCUAGUGCUGUGCCAUUCUCGUAUCAGAUUGAUCUCCAGGACUCCCAUGUCAUCUCACAGGUUGAUCUAUCGACAAAUAUGGUUUCAGGGUCGGAGACUUUCUACCGCUUCACUGUAGAUGGGAGCACAGAUGGAAGCACCUGGACGACACUGGUGGAUCAGAGCAAGAAUGUGGAUGUCGGCUUUAAGCCGUCUUUCCCAACGUCGACUGAGAGUUUCAGAUAUGUCAGGAUCAAUGUGGAUGCGGUGAUCAACAAUGUCAAUGGCAAUGCUGCCGACUGGGCUGUUGGUGUUUUGGAAGUGACUGUCUAUGGCGACUAG